UUAUUUUAUUCAACAAGUGCAAUAAAUUCAGUAAUGAACUUACACGAAUUUAAUAUUCUAUUUAUCACAUACCCAAAAUAAAGACCGUUUUAAGUGAAAUAAUAGUCAUUUUUCAUUUUCAUUGCGUCGCCUAUAGUAUAACGCUCACAUUUAGCGCGUCUUUACACUAUGUUUGUAUAACGCUAAUGACGUCACGUCAAAAUAUAUGCACGGCCGUGCAAUACCAUAUUUACGGAGUCGCAAAAUCGGCACGGGUGUGUGAUAAAUAAUUUUAUGAUGAUAUCAAAUAUAAUUUACAAUACGAACUAAUUGGAAUAUAAUUUAUUUUAAAUUUUGCAAUUUUAAAUCACUUUUGCAGUAGAAGCUUAACGAUCUGAAAGGUGUUGUCAACUAUGAAAACUGGACACAUAGUAAUCCUGCAGCUAUGCUUUAUUGUUGUGCCGUGUUCCAGUCAAAGUCGUACGAUGCUAGAACGACAUCUGAGAGUGAUAGCUAAGGAUAUUGCAGUAAUGAAAGAAAGUAUUAAAGAUAAUGACCAAGGUAUCAAGCAACUAGCUGAGAUCAUGCACGGAAUGACAAAUAAUACGGAAUCAAGAAUAAAUGAACUUGCCGAUAUGCUUCACAAGAUCUUAUCAAUAGUUAUGAAUACAGAUGUUUGGACUACGCAAAAUAACGGCCUGCUUAUCUCAGGUAUUAGAGAUUCGUUUGUCGUAAUGACAAAAUUAAUCGAAUCAAAAAUGUUUAGACUUGAAGAUAUGCUUCGCAAGUUCUUAAAAGUAAAAGUAAGGAAAACAUAUGUUUCGACUACGCAACCUAGCGACGUGAAUAUCUCAGAUUUAGUCACUAAGUCAGAUAUUGAAAUAAUGUUUACAGAAUUAAGAGAGUUUAAAGUAAGGUCUUUGUCUUCGCUAUCUGACAAAUUUCAUAAAUUCGAAAAAACGUUUAGUGAGAAGCUAGAUAUGAUGAUGAAUAAUACUUGUAUGUAUUUCGAUAAUUGUGAGGCCCCAAAAAAAGUUGAACUAACUGAAAAUUUGAAAUUGCUCAAAGAAAUGUUGGCAAAAGGUGAUGAGAAAGAAACACCAGAAACGUCAGUGGAAUACGGUCAAAUUCUGAUGAAGUCUGACACAAUAUUGAAGGAAGUUACCAAAGGUCAUUCUAUGAUAUCAGAUAGUCUGUCAGCUAUUACAUCUCGACAAACAGAUUUAAACAACACGAUCGCUGGAAGCUGUUACAACAUUGUCUUUGCGGGCAAUAAAUGUUGUAAUAUAAGUGCACAACCAGUCACGACGUUGGUGUUUUUGUUGAUUGCGAAGAGUUUAUGGGGCAUAUGAGACAUCCGUUAUGUUUGAAAAAAAAAACCGGACAA